AGUCUUAGCGAGAUGGUCAAUGAGUGAACUACAGUCGAUUUUUAUUUGUGAUCGUUCCACAGCGAAAAGAUAUCGUUUCAAUUUUUCUUCCAUCGGAGCCCAAAAAGUGAUAAGCAAUAAUUUUUCUUUUUAAAAAAAAGGCUUCUUGCAUAAAAUCGCCCCACAAAGUGUUUCAGUGAACAAUUUGAACAAUCCGAAAAGGGGAAAAAGUGGAAGUUUUUUUGUUCAAAAGAAUUAAACAAACAAAUAGUUGUUUUUUAGAUCUACUUAGUUCCGUACAAAGUUAAAGCACGGUAGUUUAUUUAAUGCUCGCACAUGUUUGCAAGCGAACCGAUGCUUGUGUAGCCAGCUGAAUGAAAACUCUGUGCACUGCUUCGAAACCUCUCAUUUUAGUGUAACAUUUAUAGAGAGAGAGAGAGACAAAAAAUAGAGACUAGUGAUUUUUCGAACGCAAUUUCAACCGUCGAAACGGAAUCUUUUCAACGACAAAGCGCCUCAUAACCGUUUUGUAUUUCAACGUCUUAAACUGGAAUUAUAUCGAUUUGCGUAAUCGAUAAUAAAACCAACGAACAACAAAAACAACAAGCAGUGGCGAACGGAUUUGUGCAUUUGUGAACGAGACAGGCGAACCAGAGUGGAAGAGAAGCACCAUGAAAAUCAUACUGGUUGGAUUAUUGCUGCUGAUACAUAUGAUCGGUGUUCUACAUUCGACGUGUGUUCUUGAAUCCGAGUUCGGUUUCAUUAUCAAUUGCAACUUCAAGAAAUCGUCUCUGUUCCGUGUUCGAAAUUUGGGCGGCGUUAAAGCCCAUUUCGGUUUAGGUUUUAGUGUCGGUGAUGAGCUCGGUUUAGAAGAAUCGCUGGGUAAUUUGGAUGGUAACAAGAGACGUUCGAUCAGUAAUACCGAUGCAUUGAUUGCCACUAAUAGCGUUGGAACGCUGCCAGCAUCAAAAUUGCCCUCGACAUCGCCACCAGCAGCGGAGAAACAAAGAGCCGUUCAAUCGUUCCCAUAUCCAUAUGCACAACAGCGACCGGGCGCUUUGAUGCCGUCAACGACCCGCGCACCAAUUUUCUACAAACGAAACACACCACAAGCGAUGACCGAAGCUCAAUCGUUACCGCUUGGCGUGCCAGCAUUCAGGCCAUUGAAAACCUCGGCAACGAACAACAUUCAAACGUUGCUGAAAAAAGCCAGUGAUUCCACUGUCACACGCAACGGUGCACUGCAUCAAUAUCCAGCUCCAGAUUUGACGGCCGCCAAUUUGACUUUCAUCCAAACGCAAUUGGCACACACCAAUGCAGCCGGACCCAUUAAAACGAAGCCAAUGGUCAUUUCGCCACAAGCAAAUGCAUUCAAAGUGCCCGCUUUUCAAGCGUUGCCAUCGUCGGUGUCACGCAUUUCAACCGGACAAAUUGUGCAUACCGACAAUGAAAUUCGAAAAGUAUCACCUGCAACUGAACAAUACACGACGAUUCAAAGAUUCGACACAAUCAAUAGAAAGGAUGAUACAAUAGAUGUGACUAAUUUCAAGUCAAGCAGCACCACUCCAGGAACUUUGCCCGAAAUCGAUCUCAAAGGUCAUACGGUUGAGGAAUUGGCGGCUGUGGCGAAUGUGAGUGUUUCGGCUAUAAAAAAAGCCAUCGAACUGCGUCAAAAGCAACUGAUGGCUGUACACGAAGAAUUGAUUCGCAACAAAACUCUCGAAGAGGAGCUAAAACGAGACGAAAUGAUCGCUAAGCAAUUGGCAAUGUACCAACAAGAACAUCAGAAAUUCUUGGCAACCAGCACAACGGAAGCACCAACCACCGCUUCAACCACAACUACAACCGUUCGAACGACAACAGCCAGAAGAGCUACUCGUGCUCCAGUUCCGCAGAAAAUUAGCGGCAAAGUUCCUGCCAGUGUUGUUCAAAGCAAGGUGAUGAACGCCCCAAAAGAGUACUAUCCAGUUGGUUAUGAUAAAAACUUUGAUGAUAAUUUCACGACAAAGGUUGAUUUACCGCCCACCGCAUUCCAAUGUGGCGAUCAAAAGCAUUUCCCCGGCCUGUAUGGUGAUGUUGAUCUGGGUUGCAUGGUAUUCCACGUUUGUGCAUUAACUGACGAUGGUCUAAUUAUGAAAUCGUUUUUGUGUCCAGAGAGCACACUGUUCGAUCAAACGAUCUUGAAAUGUAACUGGUGGUUCUAUGUCGAUUGUAAAUCGAGCAAAUCACUGUACGAUUCUAACUUGCCCGUUUCAAAGAGCUAUCAAUUGAUGAAGGCACUCACGUUCUUCUCGAACUUUAAGAGUAAAUCUGGGAACGACACCGAACCAGCCGUUGAUAUUGGUGCAUUGCAAAAUUCGGUGUUGUCAAAACGAAAUGGAAAGAAAUUAGACCCGAAGAAAGUAGAAUCGAAUAAGGUGACGUCUAAAGCACCCGAAUCAACGACGAAUAAACCAAAAUCCGAACCGAAAAAACCGGAGGCCAAGAAAGAGGAAAAACCAACACAAUCAUAAGCAUUUUUUCCAUAGAUAGUAUUUGAACGGGCACCGUGUGUGUGAUGUAGAGAAUCAUUUCAACUGUAUUUUUCUCACCUGAAAUUAUUCUUUUGUCAAACACGUCAUUUAGAAAAUGUUUCCGUGUAUUUGGUACAAAUGAAUGAUUUGUUGAACAAAAAAAAAAAAUCGCUUGCCUCAUUGAAAUCAAAGCCGUUGAUAAUAUUCUUGAUCUAAACUGGUUUCCGAAGAGUCGAUUUGAAAAGCCCAAAAAAACACACACACUAUUUAUAUACAAAUAAUGCUUAUAGUUUAUAGUUUUGGCCGAUGUAGUUAAUCAUAGUUCCCACAUGUAAAUAGAGGUGAAAAAAUGACUUUUUUUUAUACAUAGACGAUUCACAUCGAUUUCGACUUUUUUUUUGUUCCAUUUUUAUCCCCUUAGAGGAAUUCAGAAAAAAGACAGAAAAUUUGCGAUGCAUGACUUGUUCGUAUUUAUUUUGUAUUUGUUUAGUUGUUAACUGCGCCUUUGAGUCAUUUACAAAUUUAAGCUAUUAUUAGGUUUUAGAUGGAAGCACAUAAUCCAAUCAUAACAAGAACAACAACAACUUAGUCGAUUAUUCCAAUUUAUACGUUAGAAAGAGAUAGAGAGAAUGAGAAAAAAAUACACAAUAAACACGAAAUUUUGUAAGUAGGAA